UACACGAGUACCCGGUAUAAACUCAAUGACGGAAAAAUCUAUGAUCGCUAUCUACAAUUUUCAUAUACGCCUAACCAUGCUGAAGGUUGUGAUUGAAGUUAUGUUGCUGAUCCAAAUUGUGUGCUAAACAUCUGGUUGUCUAAAACACCCCUCCCCUUCCUCCUCUCUCCUUCUACUUCAUACUGAUAUGUGACGAAAAAUUGCACUGGCAUCAAAUUUUACAUCCGCCGCCGACGAUUUUCGGGAUAAACUGCAAGAGAGUCAAAUCAAGGAGAUCGAAGCGAUCCAGCGAAAAUCUGUUGAAUUUCCAGAGAUUCGCCGUUCAAUUUCUGGCCUCGGCUAGGGCGGAUCAUAUUCCGGAAGCGGUGGAAGGAGCUGAUUGAAAUCUGCAGCGAAUAGGAUAGAAUCAUGGUUUCGCUCAUCAAGGUCGAAUUGAAUCGAAGAAUACGAGGAAUUCGAACGUAUUGGUAGCAUACGUGGACACAUUCGCGGAUCUGAUCCUACCGGAGGAGAAGAGGAAGCUUCGCGAAGAAGAAAUCGUGAGCAUAUGCAGCGAAUUCGUCUCCGCCGGCACCGACACCACAUCGACGGCGCUGCAAUGGAUAAUGGCGAAUUUAGUAAAGCACCUAGAAAUUCAGGAGAAACUGUACCAGGAGAUCAUCGGCAUGGUGGAGGGCGACGUGGUGGAGGAUGAGGAUAUGCAAAAGCUGUCGUAUCUGAAGGCGGUGGUGCUGGAGGCGCUGCGGCAGCAUACACCGACUCACUUUGUGUUGGCGCACAGGUUGAAGGAGGAGGUAGAUCUGGACGGUUACCGAAUCCCUAAGGAUGCCUACGUGAAUUUCAUGGUGGCGGACAUGAAUUGGGAUCCGGAGGUGUGGGAGGAGCCGAUGGAGUUCAGGCCGGAGACGUUCGUGGAGGCGUGCACGAAGGUAGAUCUUUCCGACGCCGACGAUUUGUAUGUGAUUUGCUAGAGGUUAAUCGCCUCCACGCUUCUCACACCGACGCGAAUUUGAGAGAGGCGCGUAUUGUAUUUAGUUUGGGCGCCAUUUUGAAUUGAGGAUGAAUAACAUAGGGUUUCCCAAGGACAAUUUGGUCAAUACAAAAUGUUUAUGAGGGCAUAUUUGUCAAUCAGUGUUGCUAUCAUGAUUUUGUAAUAGCUCAA